AUUGAUCAAACACCGAACUUCCUCGUGUUAAUCGUUUUCGUCAUACAAAAAAUCUCGAAAAAUUUAAAUACCGUCAUCAUAUCCGUCAUUUUCGACAAAACGUUAUCCGUGCAUAUCAUUUACAUACUUAAAAUAUCUAUAUAAAUUAGUGCUUAAAUUAAUGUACUUAAAUAUUAAAAAAAACAUAUGUUAUUAACGUGACGAAGAACCUUUUAAAGAAAUAGUGAUUUAAUAAUAAUUAAGAUUGUUGUGUUGACUAUUAGUGCUUUUCGUGAAAGUUAUCUUAGCGAAGUUGGUAUCGCGGUCGUGUAACCUACAUUCAUAUCACCUGUUUCUGGUAAACGAAAUUGGCAUCGCUAUUUAAAGUGGCGUCGUCAUCAUAAUUGGUUGAUGAUGACAGCCUGUGGACGAAAGGCGAUGGUGUCAACUUGGGCUUGCCUUUUGCUACUAGCGACGGUACAAGUCUUCGCUUCCGGAGGGAACUACUCGGAUUUUCCUUAUAUCCAGUAUUUAACACAUCCGCCUGAAAUAACGCAGAGACCGAGGAACCAGCAAGUCAAAGCUGGCGGAAUAGCGUCUUUUUUCUGUGCCGCACGGGGAGAUCCAGCUCCCGUUAUUCAGUGGAAGAAAAAUGGAAAGAAGGUGCCGGGCUCGCAAUCUCGCUACCAGGUGAAGGAAUUUCCAGACGGCGGCGCUCUGCUCAGGAUUGAACCCGUCAAAGCCUCCAGGGAUGAUGCCACUUAUGAAUGUGUCGCCGAAAACGGCGUCGGCGAUGCUGUCAGUGCCGAAGCAACGUUGGAUGUCUUCGACCCGGAAAAGUUACCAAACGGGUUUCCAACUAUAUCUGUACAUCCACUGACUAGUAAAGUAGUAGAAGUCGGCCACAAUGCCAUCCUUUCAUGUACCGUCACCGGAAACACUCCGCUCAGGAUAACUUGGCUCAGAAAUAUGCUUCCUAUAGACACUAGAAACAAUCCUAGAUAUUACAUUAGAGAAGAUUCACCAGGUUCGCUACAAAUUAAAAGCAGUGACGAAAAAGAUCAAGGAAAAUAUGAAUGUGUGGCUGAAAAUUCUAUCGGAACAGAAUACUCUAAAUCAUCCCAGCUUUACGUUAAAGUUCGUCGAGUUCCACCACAAUUUUCAAAACCACCUCCAAGUUUAACAAAAGUGAUGUUGGGGGCUGAUUUAAACCUGACAUGCGUAGCUGUUGGUUCUCCAAUGCCCUACGUAAAAUGGCGCAAAGAACCCGCUCAAGAUUUAACUCCCGAAGACAAUCUACCUGUAGGACUUAGCACACUGCCCUUAACCGAUAUUCAAGAGUCCGCUAAUUACACUUGUAUUGCUGCUAGUUCGUUAGGGGAAAUCGAAGCCGUUGCACAGGUUAAAGUCGAAUCAUUACCUGAAGCACCAACGAACGUAAAAAUAUCAGAAGUAACAGCAACUUCAGUGCGUUUAACGUGGUCGUACAAGGGACCUGAAGAACCCCAAUAUUACGUGAUACAAUUUAAACCCAAGUAUGCCAACCAGGCCUAUAGCGAGAUAUCGGGGAUUAUUUCGAUCCAUUAUGCGGUCAGAAACCUAAGUCCGUACACCGAAUACGAAAUGUACGUGAUAGCUGUUAAUAAUAUAGGCAGAGGACCACCUAGUGUACCAGCCAUAGUAACGACCGGCGAAAAAGCUGACUCUUUUCUUGGAGGAGCUACACCAGGCACGGCACCAAGAAACGUUCAAGUACGACCGUUAAGUUCUAGCACCAUGGUUAUACAAUGGGAUGAACCGGAAACCCCAAACGGACAAGUGACUGGCUACAAAGUUUAUUACACGGAAGAACCUAAUUUAUUAAUUUCUCAAUGGAAAACUCAAACCGUCGAUAACAACAGACUUACGACAAUCAGCGAUCUUACGCCUCAUACAAUUUAUACUAUCAGGGUUCAAGGAUUUACAUCUGUUGGACCAGGACCAUUAAGUGCUCCAGUACAUGUCAAAACACAACAAGGUGUUCCUAGUCAACCGAGCAAUUUGAGAGCAUCUGAUAUUGGUGAAACAUCCGUAACAUUACAAUGGAGUAAGCCGGUGCAUUCCGGAGAAAGUAUCGUAAGUUACGAGCUGUAUUGGAACGAUACAUACGCAAAAGAAAAACAUCAUAGAAGAAUACCAAUAGCGGAAACGUAUACGUUGACGGGAUUAUAUCCAAAUACGUUGUAUUACGUAUGGUUAGCGGCGAGAUCUCAAAGGGGGGAAGGCGCGACAACCCCACCAAUACCAGUGAGAACGAAACAGUAUGUACCCGGCGCCCCACCGACCAAUGUGACUGGCGAAGCGGUAAGUCCUACGUCGAUCCGGGUUUCCUGGGAACCACCGCCGGCUGAACGAAGUAACGGCAACAUAAUUUACUACAAGCUGCAAUUCGUCGAGGCCGGACGAUCGGAUAGCGAGGCGUCGAUUAUUACCUUAAACAAUACUAGCUUUACUGUUGACGAACUAAAGCGAUGGACCGAGUAUCGAAUUUGGGUAUUAGCAGGAACUUCGGUAGGGGACGGACCGUCCUCGUACCCGAUCACAAUACGCACCCACGAAGAUGUAUACCGAAUGCCUGGUGAUCCACAAGAUGUUAAAGUUGCACCUGUUAAUUCAACCACUAUUAGAGUCACGUGGAAACCACCUCUUGCCAAAGACAGAAAUGGAAUUAUUCACGGUUACCAUGUUCAUGUACAAGAAACUAAAGAAGAAGGAAAAAGUCUUUUAAAUGAACCAAUGCGUUACGACGUUCUCGGCGAUUCCAUCUUGGAAUUAAACAUAAGCGGGUUACAACCUGAUACAAAAUACUCAGUCCAAGUGGCUGCUUUAACAAGAAAAGGCGACGGAGAUCGGAGUGCACCAGUUAGUGUCAAAACACCAGGAGGUGUUCCAAAUAGACCGGGCUUAACAUUAAAGGUGAUUGAAAGGGAACCAACUGUAACUAUCGAACUAGAUUGGUCGAAACCAACACAAACCUACGGAGAACUUUUAGGCUAUCGUUUAAGAUUCGGCGUCAAAGAUCAAACGUUAAAAGAAGUACCUUUAAAAGGAAUCAGCACGCAUAAAUACAAAAUACAGGAUCUGGAACGUGGCGUUGAAUACGAAUUUCGAGUGGCCGGUUUGAAUCACAUCGGUAUCGGUCAAGAGGCGAUCAAAUUAAUGCACACACCCGAAGGGCCACCAACUGGACCACCGACGAACAUAAGUUAUCGAUUUCAAACUCCGGAUGUGGUUUGUAUAACGUGGGAUCCCCCAACCCGCGAACAUCGAAACGGGAGAAUCAUCAAAUAUGAUAUUCAAUUUCAUAAAAAGUCGGAUCAUAGAAAUUUUGUUGAACGAAAUGUUACCAAUACUAAAGCGGUUUUUACUAAUUUAGAAGAAAAUACGGAAUACGUUUUUCAUAUAAAAGCGCAUACUAAUCAAGGGAGUGGUCCCUUUAGUGAAAAAAUCAGUUUUGAGACUGAAAGAGAUAUUGGACGAGCUCCAAUGUCAGUAAGGGCUGUUGCUACUAGUGAGUCUAGUGUAGAAGUUUGGUGGGAACCUGUGCCUUCUAGAGGAAAAGUUAUAGGUUAUCAAAUUUUUUAUACAAUGACUGCAGUUGAAGAUUUAGAUGAAUGGCAACAAAAAUCAGUUGGCCUAACAGAAUCAGCGGAUUUAAUAAAUUUAGAAAAAUAUGCUGAAUAUGCAGUAGCUGUAGCAGCAAGAACUAAAAAUGGUCUAGGUAGAUUAUCUGAAAAAGUAACGGUUAAAGUAAAACCCGAAGACGUGCCUUUAAGCCUUAAAGCACACGACGUUACGACUCAUUCAAUGACUCUUUCUUGGUCACCACCGAUUCGAUUGAAUCCGAUCAAUUAUAAAAUUUCUUACGACGCCAUAAAAGAAUUCGUUGACUCUCAAGGAAUAACGCAAACUCAAAGUAUACCGAAAGUUGAAAUUACUUUAAAACAUACCGUUAAAUCUCAUACUAUAAACGAUUUAUCCCCGUUUACUACUUAUAACGUUAAUGUGAGUGCUAUUCCAAGUGAUUAUACAUAUCGUCCACCGACUAAAAUUACGGUUACUACACAAAUGGCGGCACCACAACCGAUGGUGCAACCUGAUUUUUAUGGGGUGUUAAAUGCUGAAGAAAUCCAAGUUAUUCUUCCGCAAGCGUCUGAAGAAUACGGUCCGAUUAGUCAUUAUUAUUUAAUAGUCGUUCCUGAAGAUAAAGCAAACGAUAAACAUCCUGAUCAAUUUUUAACGGAAGAUUUAAUCAAUAAUAAGGGUCAAAAUGUAAAUACUCCUUACAUAGCGGCGAAAUUCCCACAAAGAAACAUUCCAUAUACAUUCCAUUUAGGUGCUAACGAUGAAUACGAAGGAUACAAAAAUAAAAAAUUGGAGCGAGGGAAAAAAUACAGAAUUUUUGUGCGAGCUGUUGUUGAUACCCCACAAAAACACUUGUAUACAAGUAGUCCAUUUUCAGAAAGUUUAGCUUUGGAUAUGCGAGAAGUUCCACCUGGAGAUCCCCCACUUAGACCCGAUCCAAAUACAUCAACAGACACAAAUGGCCCAAUUGUGACUAAUCAACGAAAAGAAGCCGGUAUUUUAUGGGUUAUUUGUCCAAUUAUUGCUGCGUCGGUUUUUUCGAUCAUUUUGGUAUUAUUGUUUAUUAUCAGAAAGAGACGUCAACCGUGUAAAACUCCAGAUCAAGCUGCUGUUACUAAACCACUUAUUCCCGCGGAUAUUAAUAAUAGUACAGCACCGAGUGAUCCAGUUGAAAUGAGGCGAUUAAAUUUCCAAACACCAGGAAUGAUUUCUCAUCCACCUAUUCCUAUUGGAGAAUUAGCAAAUCAUAUCGAGAAACUAAAAGCAAAUGAUAAUCAAAAAUUCUCCCAAGAAUACGAAAGUAUAGAACCAGGUCAACAAUUUACGUGGGAUCAUUCAAUAAUGGAAAUUAAUAAACCUAAAAAUCGAUACGGUAACGUAAUCGCUUACGAUCAUAGUCGUGUAAUUCUUCAACCUGAAGAUGGAAUACUUGGCAGUGAUUACAUCAACGCGAAUUAUUGUGAUGGUUACAGAAAACACAAUGCAUACGUAGCCACACAAGGUCCUCAACCACACACCUUUUCUGAUUUCUGGAGAAUGUGUUGGGAAUUGAGAACAGCAACAAUCGUAGUUAUGACUAAAUUGGAAGAAAGAACGCGGAUAAAAUGCGAUCAAUAUUGGCCGAGUAGAGGAGCGGAAACUUAUGGUUCCAUGACCGUUUCAAUCACGGAUGUCCAAGAAUUGGCUACUUAUUGCAUUCGAACCUUUCAAUUGCAAAGAGAUAAAUAUUCGGAAAAACGUGAAAUUAAACAAUUACAAUUUACAGCUUGGCCAGACCAUGGCGUUCCAGAUCACCCUGCGCCGUUUUUACAAUUCUUACGAAGAGUUCGAAAUAUGAAUCCAUCCGACGCUGGACCGAUUGUAGUGCAUUGUUCCGCCGGCGUUGGAAGAACCGGUUGUUUCAUUGUUAUCGACUCAAUGUUAGAAAGAAUAAAACAUGAAAAAUCUAUCGAUAUCUACGGACACGUUACUUGUCUAAGAGCACAACGCAAUUACAUGGUUCAAACUGAGGACCAGUACAUUUUCAUUCAUGAUGCCCUCCUGGAAGCAGUUAUUUGCGGUCAAACCGAAGUACCGGCAAGAAACCUUCAUCAACACAUACAAAAAUUAAUGCAAGCUGAAUUGGGAGAGCACAUAACCGGAAUGGAAAUGGAAUUUAAAAAAUUGAGUAACAUGAAAACCGAUUCAACGCGUUUUACCACCGCAAAUUUACCGUGUAAUAAACACAAGAAUCGAUUAGUACAUAUCUUACCCUACGAAAGUACCCGAGUUUGUUUAGCACCAAUAAGAAAUGUGGACGGUUCUGAUUACGUAAAUGCUAGUUUCGUCGACGGUUAUCGUUAUAGAAAAGCAUAUAUUGCUACUCAAGGUCCAUUAUCGGAUACUGCCGAUGAUUUAUGGAGAAUGCUUUGGGAACAUAAUUCCACAAUUAUUGUUAUGUUAACGAAAUUAAAGGAAAUGGGGAGGGAAAAGUGUCAUCAAUAUUGGCCAAGUGAUCGUUCAAUAAGAUACCGUUGUUAUGUAGUUGAUCCAAUCGCUGAAUACAACAUGCCGUUAUAUAUUUUACGCGAAUUUAAAGUAACUGAUGCUAGGGAUGGUUCAUCGAGAACGGUGAGGCAGUUUCAAUUUACAGAUUGGCCAGAACAAGGAGUUCCAAAAUCCGGUGACGGAUUUAUUGAUUUUAUUGGGCAAGUUCAUAAAACGAAAGAGCAAUUUGGACAAGAUGGUCCAAUUACCGUACAUUGCAGUGCUGGAGUUGGUCGUACAGGUGUAUUUAUAACGUUAAGUAUCAUAUUAGAAAGGAUGCAAUAUGAGGGAGUUGUGGAUAUAUUCCAAUCAGUGCGCAUAUUACGUACACAAAGGCCAGCAAUGGUUCAAACAGAGGAUCAAUAUCAGUUUUGUUAUCGCGCAGCUUUGGAAUAUUUAGGAUCUUUCGAUCAUUACACCGAUGGUAACUAAAAGGAAACUAAUAAAAACAGAAAAAAGAAAAACGAACGUUUAAAUAUGCUUGUUACGUAGUUUUAAUUUUUUCUAAAGCAGACAAUAACUGCAAUAGAAUUGUAUAACAAUGUGCUAUAUUUGGUUUUCUCCGUACAAAUACUGCCAAUUGAGUAUAAGUUAGAAAAAUGAAAAAAAAAAUGAAUAAAUUAAAAGAAAAACUGAAAGGACACUGAUGCCGUGUUAAUCCUGGAUAGAAAGAAAGAGAAAUAUGAGAUAAAUAUAAGAAGAAAAAUUAUAAUUAUAGUGAAAACAAAAAUAUAGUGUGCAAAUGUGUGUAAAAAAUGUGCCUAGAUAUAAAUAUGCCCCCGAAGAGAUGAUGAAAAGUUGAUGAAAAAUGUCACAAUAACGUCGACAGAAUAUGAAUCAUGUAAAAAUUGUGUGUGCACAGCCAUUGUGACAAGUUGAUAUACAUUUAAGAUUUUAUAUUUUAGAACUCAGAAUUUGUAUAAAAUUUCGACCGAAAAAUUUUUUUGUAAACUUUUUUAUUGUACCUACUACAUAUUUAAGUUUUUUUCUACCUAUGUAUAAUUGUUAGCGUCUGAUACUCAAUCUAGUUAAUUAAGGUAACCGAAUCAUUAAUUGUAUAUCAUUCGUGUUAAUUGUAACUUUCCAAUUCGAUUUAGUAAUCUGUAUAUUAACCUCAGUAAAUGUAGUAAUUAUGAAAAGAAUCACGAAAACGUGCACUGUUAUCUCUCUUAUUCGUCCCCCAGUAUAUUUACUAAGUGUACUAAAAUAAAUUCUUAUGACUUCCCUACAAAACAAGAACAAAUAUAUUUAAAUAUUACGUUUUAAAUCGGAUCUCGAAUAUCGUUCGAUAUUAUUAAUUUACAGAAACCGGAAUGUUAUUAAAUAAGACAACAUUGUUAAAUACAUAAAUUAGAUUUAACUUUAUAUUUUUCUAUCCGCAUAUUUUUCUUUUUUUUUAAUUACGGAAUGCUGUCCUUGUAAGCACAGUAUUUGGACUGAUUUGUACUCUUUUUUGUACUGUAACUUUUUCAUUUGUAAAAACGUUAUUUUAAGCUGUAAUAAUGUUAUAUUUUUUAUGACAACAUGAACACACUGUUGUAGCACAGAGGAAUGAAUGAUGAAAAUAAAGCUAUAGAUUUUAA